AUGCCGGGCAUACUUCCAAAAUUAAAAGACGAACGGGCCGUAAUGCCCUUUCUGUUGCGGAUUCAAACGUUGGCCGGUUUGUGGGGUGACCGUUCACAGCGGUUCCGGUUCUAUCUAAUCUUUUCUUACUUCUGCCUGCUGGUAGUGCUACCGAAAGUUCUCUUCGGGUAUCCCGAUCUCGAGAUUGCAGUGCGUGGAACGGCAGAAUUAAUGUUUGAAUCGAACGCCUUCUUCGGCAUGCUAAUGUUUUCCUUUCAACGCGACAACUACGAACGCAUGGUGCAUCAGCUACAGGAUCUGGCCAAGCAAGUUUUCGAUCACCGGUUACCUGCCGAACUGGGCCUCUAUCUCGUGGCCGUGAACAAGCGUGUGGAUCGUUCGUCCAAAAUCUACUGCUGCUGCCACCUAUCGCUAGCAACGUUCUUCUGGUUCAUGCCAAUCUAUACGACGUAUUCCGCGUACUUUGCUGCCACCAACGGUUCCGAACCGAUCGAACACGUGCUGCACCUGGAGGAGGAACUAUACUGGCUACGAAGUCGCACAUCGAUCGUGCACUAUACGAUCUAUGCCGCUAUCAUGUGGCCAACGAUCUAUACGCUCGGGUUUACCGGAGGCACCAAACUAUUGACCAUCUUUAGCAACGUGCGGUACUGUUCGGCUAUGCUGCGCCUUGUGGCACUGAGGGUGCACCAUUUGGAUAAGGUACGACGUGAGAAUGCGGACAAGGAACUGAAUCAAAUCAUUGCAAUGCACCAACGUGUCUUGGACUGCGUGUUUCUGCUCGAGACAACCUUUCGCUGGGUCUUUUUCGUCCAAUUUAUCCAGUGCACCAUGAUUUGGUGUAGCCUCAUUCUCUACAUAGCCGUCACGGGUUUUAGCUCCACGGUGGCCAACGUGUGUGUACAGAUCAUACUCAUAACGGUCGAAACCUACGGCUACUGCUACUUUGGAACCGACUUAACGACGGAGUCCUUUUUGCAGAGUUUCAGUGUAGCGCUAGCGGUGUACGAUAGUAAUUGGUACGCGUUUUCGAACCCGAUGCGCCACAAGCUACGCCUUUUACUGCAACGUGCCCAGAAGCCGGUCGGUAUAACGGCCGGCAAGUUUCGCUUCGUUAGUGUGGCCCAGUUUGGCAAGAUGCUGAAAACGUCCUACUCGGUGUACGUGGUUCUCAAGGAGCAGUUCUAA